AACGCAACAGCCCAGCUUAAAGAGCGAGUGAACGUAAACUGAUGUGAGUUAUAGGCUAUAACAUUAGAUAGCUACUAAAUCUGUUCAUGAACAGCAUCAUCAGACGGUACGAAAGAGUUGUUUUCUUUCUGUAACCCUGCAGUGAAAUGAAACCCUGAGCCAGAUGUCAGAAGUAACCUGAGAGAUGUCGUCACCACAGCCCGAAGGAGCAGAGAUUUCCUCAGGCUGCAUUGUUGUUUCAGAGACUGAUAGUGCUGCCAAAUCACAUAAACCAGACGUGAGGAGGAGGAGGAGGGAGACUCGACCGAGCCCAUUCAAAGUGCCUGAGAGUAAUAGCAUUUUUCUACUGAGCAUAAAUGAAAAAGCGAACCGAAAAGAGGAGCAGCGUAAAUUCCUGGCUUUGCCAAUUGAUGAGAAGUCGACCCACGCUGCACGAAUGAUGGCCAAGCUGAAGAAAGAGCUGGUAGUGGAGGAGGAGGAGGAGGAGGAGGAGGAGGAGGAAGAGGAAGAAAAGGAGAAGAUGAAGAAUCUAAAACAAAUCAAGAGUAGGACAGUUCUCCCUAAACAAACACCCGGCAGACGUGAGCUGAAGAUGGCCAUGAUGAAACGAGAAAACAUUACGAAAGACAGCAAACAUGACCUAAUCUCCAUGGAAAGGCAGAAGGCAGUGUUGGAGUUAUCUCUGAUGACGAAGAGGUCAGAGAUUUUGAGGAUGGACAAGGCCAUCGCAAAAGAGGAAGGGCAGCUGAAAAAGCUCGAAAAGAUCAUCGAGAGAGACAACCUCAAGUUUGAAGAGUUCCUCAGGGAGAACGAGAAGAAGUCCGUGGAGGCCAGAACAUUUUUCGAACGGGAGGCCCAGUCCAAACAGCAGAAGAACACUGAGAUCAAAAAACUGACUGCUGAAAUAGGCACCAUAAAAAGUGAACUCGCAAAGUUUGAAGACAUCCUGAUAGACUACAAGAAGUACAAGGAGCUUCUGUUCAAGUUGUCUCCUCCAGAGUGGCAGGAGGCCCAGAAGACCAAGGCUGUGAAAGCUAAAGUCCGGUCUGACGAAGACGCUCAGGACAAGCAGAACAGGGAGCCCGAGGAGUCAGGUUGGGAGAAUAAGGUUUCCAGUCCAGGUAGAGCGCUGCCUUCUAUCAGAGAGUCCAGGACGUCCUCAGCCGAAAGCGACACACAGAUCACAAGUUCUAAACUGGAUGGUGACAACUCAGAAUAUGAGGAUGAGCCAGAGCUGUACUUCACCGAUCCCCAGCAGCUGCUGGAUCUGGUGACAGAGCUGACUGAGCAGAACUUGUCCCUGAUUCAGAACUCCACACGGGUGGAAGAGACACUGGAAGACCUCCGACAGACCAUGGAGACAACCAGGAAGAAGAUUGAAAAGGACGAAGAGCAGCUAACACUGCAGAUAAACGACAUGAACCAGAGAAUCAGCAAAGAGAACGCAAGAGGCGCCAAGCUCAAGCAGAAGGUUCAGCUCCACAUCUCAUUGAACACUGAAGACCAGGAUGUCAUGCUGGACACUCUGAGCGAGAAGGUGGCAGACGUCCAUCGCUGCUGCGUGGAUGACAGGAUGACCAACCUCAGCACCUUGGAGAAGCUGUCCGAUAUUGAGAACCAUAUGUCUUUACUGCUGCAGAGCCUUGAGAGCAUCCCCGAAGAGAGGUUAGAGAUGAUGAAGAAGAUCAAGGACAGUGAGAAGAGGAGCAGGCAGCGUGAAGAAAAGCUGAGAGAGCAGAAAGAGAAACAGAAAGAAAGGAUGAGGAGGUACCUGGAAAGAUCCCUGGCAGACUCCAAGAAAAUAAUUGGGAGAAAGCUCAUGCCCAGGUGCAUGCCUGUUGCCCAGAAAGUCAGAGUCAGCAAUGUGGACAACACCCCUGAUGAAGAUGAGAUCCAAGCCUACCUCUUCACCCCUGAGGACAUAGAGUAGAAAAAACCAAGAAAAGAAAAUUAUGUAAGAAACUAGUGAGAUCAUGCCUCCAACACAGCAGCUGAGGAGUAAGAAUGUGUCAUUAGUGGAUAUUGGGUUGCCUAUUACAUAAAAUAUACAAAUACAAUCAAAGAUAAUUAUGGUGUGCAUUAAAAUGCCUGAACAUAAAUAUGCAUGUGUAAGAGAAUUAUGUAAAGUACAAUAAAGCAUUUUGAUUUGUC